AUGGCUAGCUUUCUCGGGUGUAAAGUAAAAUGUAAAUAUGUUGUUACUGCUGGAGAACAGGAGCAGAGGAAGACUUUUUGCACAAAAGACAUUAAAAUUGCACCAAUUUUCUUACAUGCAUGUAAGAGUAAACGGAGCAGUGAUGGGAGGCUGGGUCAGAAGCUGCAGGAAUCAGUCAAACCUCCUCCUCAGACUGGAGAUGUGCAACUGGUGGAAGUUUCUCACCUGACAGAGAGAAAGAAGAGGUCCUCCUGCAGAGGACAGCUGUCCAUCUCAGCUCUGCACAUCUGUCUGCAGGAAAUCCAAACAUCCAACCCAGCAUUUCCAGUCAGAACUGUGUUCAGCACUUUGCAGAAGAAAGCGAGUGAAAGGCUGCAGGAUUUUGGCUCCACAGCAGAAAACCUCAGCUCCCCACAGAACCACAUAAAAGAGAAGAGAAAGCGGGGAGAUGAAAGCUCUGAGAAGGUGCCCAAACGUCUGAGGUUUAGUCCUCUCACUGCAGAGAAUGCCGUUGGUAUGGAUCACUGUCACGUGUCAUCAGCACAGGAUGUCCAGGAAAGUCCUGUCCUGAUGGUCAAGAAGCAGCGCAAAGCAAACAAGCUGAGUCGUACUCACAGACUGAGGCAGCAAAGUGGGAGCCCAGCAGGCCUGGUGGUGAACCACUGUGAGCUGCACUCUGGAUUGAUAAAUCAGACUGAAUCUCACAGCCAAUCACUCAAAACCUCUGACGUCCUUCACGGAGAUUCUGAGGAUGUUCUCUGGACAGACAAAUACAGUCCUCAGCAUUCAAGUGAAGUCGUUGGCAACUCUGCCUCCGUGAAUAAAUUGCAAAGUUGGUUGAAAAAAUGGAAACUAAGAGCUGACUGUGACGAGAGGAGAAAAAUGAAAGAGAGGAAACAAGAAGAAAAAAGCAAUGACUCGUGGGACUGUGGAGACUUCCAGGGUGAGACCGGGGCUGAGGACGACAGAGAGGAGCCGCUGUGCAACACCAUGCUGAUCACAGGACCUCCUGGUGUGGGCAAGACCGCCUCGGUGUACGCCUGCGCUCAGGAGCUCGGCUUCAAGGUAUUUGAGGUGAACUGCUCCUCGCAGCGCAGCGGCCGCCAUGUUCUGUCCCAGCUGAAGGAAGCUACCCAGUCCCACCUAGUGGAGAUGUCGGGGAAGGACCCACUGAAACCAACUUACUUCAACAACUACAACACCAACAGCUGCAUUCCUAAAUCUGAGACUUUACCUGGAAAAACAGUGCGUCCUAAAAAUUCCUCAAAAAAGAGAGCAGCACAGAAGUUUGGCCACUCCAGUCACAAAGGAAAAACAAAUCCAGCCACGGUCACUUUGGCCAACUACUUUAAGAUGAAAUCCAAAGCAGAUCACUUACACUUCGGCGGUCUAUCACCAUCUGAAAAACCAGACAGCGAGAAAUCAUGCAACCCAUCACCAGGCUCUGAUCAAACGGUGCCGCGGAACAAGAAGACAGCCACAUCACUCAUUCUGUUUGAAGAGGUUGAUGUCAUAUUUGAUGAUGAUGUUGGUUUCCUCGUAGCCAUCAAGGCUUUCAUGACGACCACUAAAAGACCAGUCGUACUCACCACCGAUGAUCCCUCAUUCAGAGAGAGAUUCAACUGCAGCUUGGAGGAGAUCGUUUUCAAAACACCAUCAGCGGUGAACGUCUGUAGUUACCUGCAGCUGGUGGGUCUGGCUGAGAAUGUGCGACUGGAGUUGGACGAUGUUGGCAGCCUCCUCAGACUGUCCAGAAGUGACGUCAGGCGCUGCCUGCUGCAGCUGCAGCUCUGGGUGCACAGCGGUGGAGGACGGGCAUCUCAGGCUGGAGGCUCGCCUAAGGAGUCUACUCGUGUACAACACUCGAGUGUUACUGAAAGAGGAGACGAUGUAGACUCCCAGCUUCCUCAUUGCAACCGAGGCUGCACUGCUAGCAUGCUGGGUCUCCACCCUGUGACCCGACACCAACUGUUAAACCUUCUAAAGUGUCCGUUCUGGUCUGAAUUGGACAUGAACAACCUUCUGAGGCUGCUAGCUGAGAGCUGGAGAGGAGGUGUUCCUCUUCUGUACUCCAACCUUGAGCUUCUUCUACCCGUCGGGGCCAAGGGGACUUGUUCUGGGCUGCAGAGGGAGCUGGUACCCUCUGACACUGAUCUUCACAUCCAGCAGCUGGAUGGAGACGUCAAUGGAAAGGCAUCAGCCACCAACAGCAAAUCUGUUAGGAGUAUCUCCAGGCUUAGCAGAAGGAAAUGUAUCACAGCAAUCUCUGACGCCACAUCAUCUUCCAGUUUGACACAAAAUCCUCAAAGAAAAUCAAAGAGGGCCCCUAGUUCAAGAGACGAGACUGAAGAAAACGCAGCCAAAGCGGAAACCGACUGUUUGGAUGCCUUGACCGACUUCUUCGACCUCAUGUCGUUCCUUGAUUCCACAAUGCCAGCUGCUGCAGCGCCGCUUGUUUCAGGCUCAUGCCGACCUGAAGCGUUUGUCUGGACGGGAGCUGAGAUAAAGGAUGGCUUGUUGGAUGAGUUGAGCGAGGACGAGGAGGUGAGCAGGAUUCAGAGCCAGGAGAGAGUGGUGGAUAUUCAGGCUGCUGUUGAGGGUUUGGGGUGUCACAGGUGCUGUUGCCAAGUGUCUGAGACGUGGACUGAAGCCCAGAAAUACAGACAGGAGCUGGGAGACACAAGGAGGGAGAGGCUGACACUACCUGCCUCUUCUAAAAGACAGAGCCUCAGCUUCUGUUUUCAACAUCUGUGUGCACCAAGUGUGUCCAAAAGGAGGUAUGAUCUAAGCAGGAGGGUGCUCGGCAGUAAAUCCUUCAGCCUGUUGGGGAACAGACGAGCUGUGAGUGUCGACUACAUGCCGGUCCUCCGCUGCAUCUGUCGCUUUCAGAGGGCGCAGGAACAGAAAGAGGAGCCAGUCAGGUGCCUGAACUACCUCAGCAGCAAACACCUGGGCCUCUCAAAGUCAACUAUUCACCUCCUGGCAGAAGAUUUCUCAUAGAGAACCUCAUAAACUGUUCAUUCAUUUUACCUGAAUACUAUCUCCACCUAAAUACUGUAAAUUAAUUGAAUGCAGUUGAGAUGACAAAUCGUGUUUUAUUUACAUGUAAGUGUAACCAUGAAAAGUAAAUAAAAACAUAUUUUUGUAAAU